CGAUCGCCGACGACAAGCACUCAACUCCACGACAACCCACGACAACCCUUGCCGCUGCGUUCUUGGUGAAGGGCUGCAGGAUUAGAGUCCCCCACAUAGACAGCAAACAUGGGUAUCUCUCGCGACUCGCGCCACAAGCGCUCGGCCACCGGUGCCAAGCGCGCCCACUACCGCAAGAAGAGGGCUUUCGAGAAGGGUCGCCAGCCCGCCAACACCCGUAUUGGCACCAAGCGGAUUCACCUUGUCCGCACCCGUGGUGGUAACCGCAAGUUCCGUGCUCUCCGUCUCGAGUCCGGUAACUUCUCGUGGGGUUCUGAGGGUAUCUCCCGCAAGACCCGUGUCAUCGUUGUCGCCUACCACCCCUCGAACAACGAACUCGUCCGCACCAACACCCUGACCAAGUCUGCCGUCGUCCAGAUCGAUGCCGCUCCUUUCAGGCAAUGGUACGAGGCCCACUACGGCCAGCCCAUCGGCCGCCGCCGCCAGCAGAAGACCGCUGAGGCCACUGAGGAGAAGAAGAGCAACAGCGUUGUGAAGAAGCAGGCUGCUCGCUUCGCCGAGUCUGGCAAGGUCGAGUCCGCCAUCGAGAGACAGUUUGAGUCUGGUCGCCUGUACGCCGUCAUUGCUUCUCGUCCCGGCCAGAGCGGUCGUGUCGACGGCUACAUCCUGGAGGGUGAAGAGCUUGCGUUCUACCAGCGUGCCAUCCGCAAGUAAACGCGAGUAAAUGAGAAGAGAUAUCGCAAAAAAUAAACUUUUUCCCUCUUAUUUUUGUGAAGCCUUGAUUGUCAUGUAAAAGGGUGUGGUAUCGGAGUUAGCAAUUUCAGAGUUUCCUGACCUGACCAUGGCAUUGGCAUAGUGGGCUACACAUGUAGGCAGCGAUAAUGAAUGAUUUACGGGCA